ACUUUGUAGUGUUGUAAAAUAAACAAAAUCAAUACAAAGUAGCUCAUGCAAACUUGGCAUUCAGUAUAUUUGAGUGACUAACGAGCACUGAAAAGAAAAGUUGGGAAAACGUGCGAGAGAUGUCUGGACGUGAAGGCGGCAAAAAGAAGCCAUUGAAGGCGCCCAAGAAGGAGGGCAAGGAGCUGGACGAUGAUGAUAUGGCUUUCAAGCAGAAACAAAAGGAGCAACAAAAGGCAAUGGAAGCGGCCAAACAGCAGGCGGCCAAAAAGGGGCCGCUUGUCGGCGGUGGCAUCAAGAAGUCGGGCAAGAAGUGAAGAGCCCGUUAGACAAACAACACACACACACACAUAAUAAUACCAACAACAACAACAGCAGUGGCAGCAGCAACAAAUGAAAAAUUGCCAGUUUAGCUGUUUGGCGACUCUUUUUAUACUUGCAAUUGAAAACACAACACACAAAAUAGCCGAUUAAACAAUGUAACAAACAAACAUGAAACUCAUAA